GCGGUUGUAAACAAGAUAUCACGAAACCUGUGAAGAUCUAAUACAAUUAAUAGUUUCCCCCAUAUUACAAUUAAGAAGUAUGCCGAAGAAAAAAGCAAAGACAGGAAAGGCAAAGGGGAAAGGAAAAGCAAAGAAGGAAGGCAAACAGGAGUCCAGACCGGACAAGGAGUGUGAUAUAGAGAGGGCUAAAGCUAACGCGGCCCUGUGGGAGGCCAGGCUGGAUAUGACGGAGUGUUCACGGGUGGAAUACCGAGAAGCUACGCGCCAGCUAGCCAGAGCAAACGAGGAGCUCACAAAUCAGCAGUACAGAUCUGAAAGGGACACAGUUGACAUAAUCGGAUUUCUGAAGAAAAAGGACCUUGACAAGGAAGCAAAGAUUGCAGCAUUGGAAGAAGAGCUAAAAGAUCAGAAAUCACAAGCCUUACAAGAAAAAGAGCUCGUAGUUGCAGAGUACAUGCUGAAGAUUAACGAACUGGAAGAGAAGUUUAAGAAGAGAUCCAGUGAGUUCAGCAUGAUUCAGGGAGAACUAAGGACCAUCAAGGAGUUCCACAAAAAGAAAGCCCAGAUGGAGCAAGACCUGAGCACUAUGAAAGAGAAUAUGUAUGUUGCUGACCGUGAGCACAAGGAGAAUCUUGCAAGAAUGGAACACAAAUUCUUUACUGAGAAGGUUCGCUUAGAAAAGGAGGCUGAGCAGAGAAUUGCCCGGCUAGCAGAGCGAGCCCACAAAGAGGCAAUUGUGCAGCUGGAUGGUGCGUCACGCUCUGUGUUCAAAGAAAACGUGCGUUUAAAUGAGGCACUGGGCUACCACCUGAAAGAGGUGGAGGAACUGAAGAGGAUCAAUAAAACCCUAGUGGAGGAGAAUGCCUCCCUAACUCUGAAUGAGGAGACGAGCAAGCUGAGGCUGAACGAGAACGCAACGCAGCUGGAGGCACGGCGACGCGAGAUCUCCGAGCUCAGGGAGAAGGUGUCCACGCUGGAGCAGGCACUGGCUAUCAUGGAGGCUGAAUUCGAGCGGGAGCGGGCAGGGGCACGAGAACGAGCCAUGGUGAGCACGCAGGCCAGUGGCAUGGAGCUGGAGAAGCUCCAGAGGGUGCUGGCGAUGCGCGAGCGCGAGAUGAGCCGCGUGAAGCGGCUGGCACGCGACAUCAUCGAGCAGCGCACUCAGCUCGAGCUCUUCUUCCAUGAAGCUCUGGCUCAGGUGAAGCAGGAGAUCAUCAGCAGUCGGCUCCAGUACAGACAGAAGGCGAUGGAGGCGUAUCGCAGAAGGAUGAAUGAUGCACGGUUGGGGAGGAAUGAGUACCCUCGCAUACGAACCUUUAACAAGGUGCCCCACAGCACCAACAGUGUUUACACUGACCUGGAAGAGGCUGAGAAAUGGAGCAACCUGCCGAGUUUGAAGGUGGACAUCUCUGAACUGACCUGGGAGCAGAAGGAGAGGGUACUACGGCUGCUCUUUGCUAAAAUGAAUGGUUUGAAAACAAGGAAAACAGCGCAGCCUCUGUUAGCAUCAUGCGAGAGGGAGCAGGGUGACGUUGAGACAGAGGCUACAGAGAAGGAAUCGCACAUGACCUUCGUAACUCAGGCAGCGGUGUGCAACAUGUCCAACCCUAGUGGCCUGCCAGACUUACAGACCAUCUAAAAUGUGGUCACAUGAUCCAAUGAUCAUGUGAAACCAUAAUCACAUAAAUAUCACCAAGGUUCUUUAGUGAAUUUCCCAGCAGAAGUUAUUUUCUUUGCUAUAGAAAGAACCAGCAUCUCAACCACAAAUUAUGCUGUGCAGGGACACAAAGACAGGGACAUCAGAAAUCCAGAGACAUUCAGGAGUGGUCCUUGGUCAAUUAAACUGAAAAAAAGUGAUGAUAUAAAGUACUGCAGUGUUUGUGUUAUCUUACUGAAAUUGUGCAUUUCCCCUUUCGUUUCCAACAUACAUUAAAACAGGCAAGAAUGACAAAAUGAAAUUGGUAUUCAGUUUAAUUUACUUCAAGCUGACUGGUGAGGCACAGUGAUGAGCUCUCACUAAUACCUUCCUGUCUCUCCCAUCUGGCCAUCACCAUAUUCUUAAAACGUACAUAUAAUCAAGCAGAGAAAACAGACCAUUCUUUUAUUAGAAAAUCAAAACUGGGAAGACAUGCAUUUGAGGAAGGUGAGCUUUUAGUUCCUGGGGCUGCAAG